AUGACAGCCUUUAGUAUUGUUGUUCAACCUCCUGCUCGGGCCCAGGUCUCGACCACCUUGCAUCCACCUCUUGUUGCGGAACUAAAUUUCAGAGGGGCCGUGACUGGCCACUAUUUCUUCGCCAUGGCUUUUCUACUUACGAGAGAAGGGAAUAUUGUCGAGGGAGGCUUGUCGGGGACCACUUCGGUGAACGGUGUCGAUGUAACCACGGCUGGAGCCUCGAGAACAACAAUCCAUUUCCCGUACACAGAUCUUGCUAUUCUAGCUGAAGGCGCUUAUAAGAUCAGAGUCGACGUUUACAAGGUUGCCUACGACAACCCAGACAGUUAUGAUUUUCAAGCGCACGCCAAGACCAGCCGUGUUACAGUGGUCAACGAACCGGUACCGGCUGUAAGUGCUGGUUCCGCUGAGCGCAGCAUCAUCCGGGCUCUCCAGGCCGCUGGGGUCUAUAUCCAUUAA